CUCUCCUCUCUCCUAGGACCCCCACGCAGAGGAGUUUGAAGACAAGGAGUGGACGUUUGUCAUAGAAAAUGAGUCUCCUUCAGGUCGUAGAAAGGCUCUGGCUAGCAGCAGCAUCAACAUGAAGCAGUAUGCCAGCCCCAUGCCCACACAGACUGACGUCAAGCUCAAGUUCAAGCCCCUCUCCAAGAAGGUGGUGUCUGCCACGCUACAGUUCUCCCUCUCCUGCAUCUUCCUCCGUGAGGGCAAGGCCACUGACGAGGACAUGCAGAGCCUGGCCAGCCUGAUGAGUAUGAAGCAGGCUGAUAUCGGCAACCUGGAUGACUUUGAGGAGGAGGACGAGGAGAAUGAGGAGAACAGGGCCAACCAGGAGGAGAAGGCUGCUAAGAUCACAGAGAUGGUAAAUCAGCUCAAUGCUCUCAGCUGCUUAGCCGGAGACCCUGAGGACUACUUCCUAAAGCUGGCUAGUAAAAGGCCAAGCAGCGCUCAGUCUCCCUCCCAAGAGCUGAUCAGUAAGCUGAACUUCCUGGAGGAGGAUCAGGACACGCCCCCUGCCCUCUGCUCCAAUCCCUUCGAAGAUCCGGCUGAUGAUGUUGAUGACCCCUCCCAUCUGGAACACACCAAUCACUUCAACCCGUUCGGUGAUGAUGAUGAUGAUGAGGCCUACUAUGUCCAGGAACCCUCCAACCCCUUCGACGAGGACGAAGUCAACACACACUCGCACACAGAGUACAACCCGUUUGACGAGCCCGACCAGGACCCAGACCUAGUCCCAGACCCCGACCCCCAGGGGCCCCAGCCGGAGGCUCCCAAACCCAGGGGAGGAAGGGAUCCAACCCGUUCUACGAGCCCCAGACCUCCAGCCCAUCCCGGCCCUCCGGGGCCCUCUCCAGACUUCAGUAACCAGAAGAGGAGAGCCCCGCUACCUCCCAGACCUCCAGGCCCCAGCCCCUCGGCCCCCAACACCUUCAGGGAGGGGGCAGAGAGGGAGAGAUUCAUGCCCAGUGGACCCAGUGCCGUGGCAGCUGUGGUGGGGCGAGAGCUGGCCUUCUCCUCCCUAAG